AUGACCAGGUGGGCUCUGCUGGUGCUGAUGGUCCUGACGUUGGGCAGGACCCUGCUUGUCCCAGCAGCCCCUACCCCAGGCUUCCAGCUCCUCCCUCAGAACUUUCCCCAGGCCGCUCCCUGCCCUGUGACCUCGGAGAGCCCCUCAGCCAGCACCACAGACCCCUCCUCUGCUUGGGGCCACCCCAGCCCUGGCCCCCGCCCUGGCCCCCACAUCACCCUCUCGCUGGAUGUCCCCCUCGGCCUCCUGCAGAUCUUACUGGAGCAGGCCCGGGCCAGGGCUGCGAGGGAGCAGGCCACUGCCAAUGCCCGCAUCCUGGCCCAUGUUGGCCGCCGCUGAGCCCGAGGGAGGGGAUCACGGUGAUGGAGCCACCCUGGCUAGGGAGACCUGCAGGGCAGCGGCAGAGCUGGACGGUACUACAUCUGGACACGGUGCAUCUGAACUCCACCACAUGGGGUCACUGCCAUGUGCUGUCAUAUCAUAUCAGAGUGCCUCACCGAGUCCCAGUGUGUCUGGACAGCCUGGAUUUUGCUGUGUCCGGUUGCCAAGUGGAGUCCUGCCACUCCUAGGAGCCCCACAGACUUACAGUACAUCUGGACAGCUUAGACACUACCAUGGAAGGUCACUACCACAUGGAGUCUUAUCAUGUCUGGGUCCCACUUGUCCUGUCCAGUCACAGAACAUCGGGACACCAUCACAUGUGGUCCCUUUAAUGCCACCUUCAGGAACCUCAACACAAGAGACCAUCAUUGCAUCGGAGACCAGCCCACCUAAGACCAGACCCACAGGUCUGCCCCGUCCCCCUACAGGUCACCACACAGUGAAAUGCUGGCGGAGGGUCACAUGCAUGAGGCAGCACCCACCCCAGGUGGAUGCGGCCAUCAGGGUCAUCUCCAGGCACAGAAAGAAGGUCGUAUGUGGGAGGUCUGUGGCUGUGGCAGCCUUGCCUUGUGUGUGUGUGGGUGUGCAAGCAUGUGUGGCUGCAUCUUUGUGUAUCUAACAGCUUGUGAGUACGUGUGAGCAAGGGGAGGGCAUGUGAGGGGGCUGGGAGGAACAGGAGCUUGUCCCCCAAACCUACAUGAAGCACACUCAACACACAGCCAGCACUGUCUUCCCCACGCCCCCGCGUACCCAGCCUCUGCCCUUGGACACACAUGGCUCAGGGGAAAGGGAGCUCAGGCUGCUGGGGCUUUGGCUCAACUGCCCCUCCAUUGAAUUGUCCAGAGCAAACGCACUCACCUUUCCAAGCCUCGGUUUUCUCCUCUGUAAAGCAGAGUGAUGCCACCAAGCUUCUUGUGAGCCUUGAGUGAUAUAAUGUACAUGAAGAUUCUGGCACGCAGAAUGAGCUCAA